AUGGGCAGCUCCAACAUGUUCAUGUUGGCCAUGGCCAUGGCGGUUGUGGUGUUGAGCAUGACCAGAUGCUUUGGACAGUCAAACGAUACGACGCCGGCUUGUGCUCAGGACCUGGUGCCCUGCGCAGACUACCUCAGCAACACGAAUCCUCCGUCCACCACGUGUUGCACCAACAUCAAACAGACCGUUGCCACCCAGCUCGCCUGCCUCUGCAACCUCUUCUUCACGCCUGGAAUUCUCGAGGCUUAUGGUGGCAACACCACUUCGGGUCUCAGAAUCGCCACCGCCUGCGGCGAAACAAUGGACGUCAACAAAUGCAAAGCUGCCAUUGGUGCUCCCACUCCCGAAUCCCCACCUGCAACCCCAGGUGCACCAAAUGCUGGCAAUGAAGGCUCAAGCAAGAUAGCAUGGACUGGGUUUUCUGCUCUGCUCUUAUUUUGGGCUUCUGUCAUUUUCUGUUGA